AGAAACGAGUCCAAUCUAGACGAUGACGACGGAGGCGGCCUCGAUCUCAACCCCCAACCUCAACGACCAUUCAACAUUCAACCCAGCCGUCAGCAGCUCCAUCAAGAAAGUUUGGUGGGAGGAAGGAAGGAAGCUACGUUGCAGAGAAAGAGAAUGAUACGUAUCCCAAUGCAAUGCAACUUCGUGGAAUUGGUGGGAAUUGGGAAUUUGGAAUUGGGGAUUGGAUUAAGAACAGAACCGAAACCCUAACCCUGACUCUCCAGCAGAAUUAGUAAGCCAUGGAGAAUUCGACCCUAGAGUCCCACCACCUCCGAUCAUCCGAGCACUUCGUCACCUACGACUCGCCCUACCCUCUCUACGCCGUCGCCCUCUCCCCUUCCGCCGCCCACCACCGGAUCGCUGUCGGCAGCUUCAUCGAAGAGUACGCCAACCACGUCGACAUCCUCUCCUUCGACGACGACACCCUCGCCAUUCGCCCCAACCCCGCCCUUUCCUUCGAUCACACUUACCCCGCCACCAAGCUCAUGUUCCGCCCCUCCUCCGCCGGCAAGUCCGCUGACGUCCUCGCCUCCUCCGGCGAGUACCUCCGCCUCUGGGAGGUCCGGGACUCCUCCGUCGAGCAACUCUCGGUCCUCAACAAUUCCAAGACCAGCGAGUUUUGCGCGCCUUUAACUUCCUUCGACUGGAACGAGGUCGAGCCUCGCCGAAUCGGAACCUCCAGCAUCGACACGACUUGCACCAUUUGGGAUGUCGAGAAAGGCGUCAUCGAGACCCAGUUGAUCGCGCACGAUAAGGAGGUUUACGACAUUGCCUGGGGCGAAGCUGGGGUUUUCGCGUCGGUCUCCGCCGAUGGGUCCGUGAGAAUAUUCGAUCUGCGAGACAAAGAACACUCCACGAUCAUCUACGAGAGCCCUCAGCCCGAUACCCCGCUGCUUCGGCUGGCGUGGAACAAGCAGGAUUUGAGGUACAUGGCGACGAUUUUGAUGGACUGUAACAAAGUUGUAAUCUUGGACAUUCGGUCGCCGACGAUGCCGGUGGCCGAAUUGGAGAGGCACAGAGCCAGCGUGAAUGCGAUCGCUUGGGCUCCACAGAGUUGCCGGCACAUUUGCUCGGCCAGCGAUGAUACGCAAGCGCUCAUUUGGGAGCUUCCAACGGUUGCCGGUCCGAAUGGGAUCGAUCCAAUGACGAUGUACUCCGCCGGGUCGGAGAUUAAUCAGCUCCAGUGGUCUGCUGCGCUGCCGGAUUGGAUUGCCAUUGCAUUUUCUACCAAAUUGCAGCUUCUAAAAGUUUAAGAUCUCUAGCUGAUGAUUUAUGCAGGCAAAUAUUGACAUUAAGGUUCAAGUUGGAAGUUCUACAGUUAAUUUGCUUAGGGAAAUGAAAUCAAUGCUCAAGUGCUGCUGAGGAUGUUCCAUUUAGUUUAAAUUGUGGGCGCUGAUUCUUGUAGAAGAAAGUUGUGCUUGUUGGUAGCUUGUACUGAUAGUGGCUCUCUCCUUGUCAUAUUGUGAUCCAUAUUCCAACCUGUUGGUUAGAGUUCCCUCUCCAUAGCAUACCCGUAAACUUCACAGCUACUGUGAAAUGCUAGAUUCCCGCAGGUCAGUGGCAAUUUAAUCAGUAUAGAUAAACUUGAGCCAACUCUUUGUGUUGGGCAUUUUUGCUUCU